GCAUUUCUCACUUUCGCUACUUAGUGAGUAUUUAAAUAUUAAUGAAGGGAUCUCUAAGAGGGACCCUUGCAUAGGGCAGGCCUUCCGCAGACCAGGGAACGCACCGAGGAGGUUGCUCUUGAACCCAAAGCCGCACCAGCUUGCAAGAACUCCACUCGGCCUUCAUCUGGAUCUCGGAAUUUGUGAAGCACAGCUUCUAAUCUCAGGUGUGCAGGCUAUUUGCCAGAAAGAAUUUUGCUGAACACCUAAAAUAAGCGUUAGCAGACAUCUUAAACACAAUAGAAAGAAAAGAGAAAACAUCUGUUUUUAGAAUUUUGUGUGUGUGUGAUGUGUUUGGAAAGGUUACUGGGAGGCUACAAUUCUUUCUUGGAAAAUUGCAAUAUUUCAUUUACUUUCUAAACCCACGCUGCUUAUUUUUUCCCUCCCGGUCAGACACUUGGGGAGAGAUGAUUUAAGAGGGGACCCUCGGUUCGGCGUUGGCGCCAUUUGGGCCGGUUCAGUGAAAGGCCCUGGUGUGGCAGCUGCUAUUUACGGUGGCAUAAAAACAAAAAACAACUCAUAACUUUUUGUAAUAAAUGCCCCUUUAUAGGUACCGCACACACAGGCCCAGCCAGGGGCCCUGGGGAGUUUGUGGGGAGCAAGAAAGGGAUGAAGGAAUGCUUGCUUGUUGUGAUCAUAGGGUUUUAAGGUAAUGCGGAGAUUUUUUCAAAGUUGGGUUUCAAAAGCCGAGGCAGCCUGCAGGCCAGCAAUAGUUUCAUGUUAUUUUAGUUCAUGGUUCUAGCUCUUCGGGGUUUUAAAAUACGUGUUUGUCCGUGUGUGCAGGGCCAGGGUUAAAAUGAAACCCCAAACAGUGGGGGAUUGAGCUUGCUUUUAACUCUGAUUGUGCCACAGGUACAGCUUCUCGCCUACUCUCCCACCUUAUUGAUGUGGUUUGGAUAACCUUGCUGGGUGCUUUCACCACAAAAUAAUGGGGGGCCUGUUUCCAUAACACCCCAGGGCCAUCAGCUGGCUCUUGGAGGUUGUGUUUCCGGGACAUGGACAGAGGCCCGGAUACUCCACGCUUGCCUCAUGCGUCCCUCCCUUUCGGCUGCCUAGUGCCCCCCGCACGAACCCCAAGGACUGAGGGGACCUUUUCAGUCCAGUCCAGCCACAGCUGGAGGCGGAAAUUUUACCUCUGUGCUGGAAGAACUACCCUUGGGUGUCUUUUUUCUGGGCUGCCUCCCCCACAGCCCCCUUGCCCCAUUUUGAGUUUUUAUUUAUGACUUUAUCAGAGGCAGUUAGCAGACAUGAAACCCGGGAUGGGACAUUUGGGGGCGAUCUCAGAAUCGGGGUGCCGCUGCAGAAGGCAGCCGUGCUAGCCGGGAGCUUCUGCUUGGCAUGGCAUUGGUGGUGAUGAGGUUGGUAAUUAGAAGAAGCUCAAGUUCCACUAGGGCCUUGCCUGUAAAAUGCUGAAGACAUUUUCCCCGAGGCCACAGGAGACUGGGAACACGGCGUGGAGGGCAGGCAUGGUGUGGCGCUCUGCUGAGGUUGCAGGGUGUCCCCCAAAUGAGCAGUGUCCGGCUCUCCUGCUCAAGGGGCCAGACACGGGGCGAGCCAGGGAAAGGCCUGAGCGUCGGAGGAGGCAGUCUCCAGGGCCACCGAGCGAGGGCUGCUAUUCGUCAAAGCUCCGAAGCCCUGUAGCCCUGUCUCCUGCCACACAGUGUGCCCCCGUCUUCUGCCACACAGUGUGCCCCCGGUCCAUGAAAUGGGAUGAGGUCAAGAUUCUGCAGCCAACAGUGGGGCCGGCGCCGGGCACGGAGGCCCUGGCGAGGCCCCGUCCUGCCUUUGCCCGUGUUCCUCAAGCCAGCUCAGCCUGAUGGGGUCUCGGGGUCCCACCAGGGGCUCCCAUGCGGUGUUGGCUCUCCCAUCUUGGCACUAUUCAUUUUUUGAGGGCACACACACAAAGGAGAAGGCUCUGAAAAUGAAACUGGUGCUUGUCUGUCUUUAUUGCUUGUAGAUUUCACAUCAAGAACAUAGGAAGCAGGGGGCCAGGGCCACAGGGACUGUGGUGUGGGCUGGUGGAAGGACAGGCCUUGGUUUUCCUUGUUUUGUUUUAAACCAGAGCCUGCCCCAGGAUGGUCCCCUGCCUGCGCUGGCGCCUCACUGGGCCCCAGACGCUCCUGGGUGAGAAGGGUCUGCAGGGUGCUGGCGGGGACACGCUGGUUUCUGCCUGGGCAGCGCCCCUCUGCAUUGGUGAGGUCCUCAUGCCCGGCGCCUGAGCAGGUGCAGGCCAGCAGUUUGCCGUGCCCCCAGGAACGGGGUGGGGCUUUGCAGCAGGGUUACUUUCUGUUGUGUGCUUUGCACCCGGCCGGGUCAGGCUGUCUGUGUGAAACUGUCUCGAUCCCUCCGGCCCCCUAAAGGGCACUGGGGCCUGUCCCGGCCCAGCAUGGACUGGGCCUGACCAGAAGGUAGACUGUGAGACCCGGGAGGGACUGGGAAGGGCUCUGCCCACCCAGAUGGGCACCCUGCCUGGCCGGGUGUCCAGGGGAACCUCUCGUGUGGUGUAGGUGCAUGCCUGUGCUGGAGGACGGUCUCUAGCAAGGGAGGGGUCCUUUCAGGCCAGGCAAGAAACUUGGUAAAGCCACCAUGCUUCCCUGGGGUGUUGUCUUUGGGUCUUGAAGUUUCUCUGAAUGUUUUGGGAGAGAGGAGAAGACUCUAGCACGCUGCAGCCUGAGAGCCUGGGCUGCAGUUUGCCCCUGCCCCUCCCUGGGUGAACCUGGCACCUCUGAGCUCCUCUGAGCCUGGACUCUGAGCUGUAAAGUGGGAAGAGUAUGAACCCACCUCGGAGGCUUCAGAUGCUGUUUUGAUAAAGCACCCUUCCAGCACGUUGUCGGGGAGCGGGGCAUAAAUGGCUCCGGCUAUUGGCAUUCGUACUGUUGUCAAUAAUAAUCCCUGUGUUUGUUGAGUUAUUAUUUACUUACCACUACUAUUAUUUUAUGUAUUAUAUUAUGUGGUAUUCGAAGUAACAGAGAAUCCAACUUUGGUCUCACCAGAAAAUGAACCAAGAAGUUUCCUCUUCCGGCCCUACAGGUGGGGGUAAAAGUGGACCUUGAUGUUACCUCCAAGGUAGACUGGCGGGAACUCACAGAGCCAGCGCUUCCCUCGUCACAGGGGCUUGGUGUGAGUGACAUCCAGAUGCGUCUUACACAUCACAUUGGGUACACAGGAUGAGGCCAGGGUCACCUUGGGGACCUGGCAAGUGCUGACAGAGGAGGCAUUCCUUCCCAGGGGCAGGACAGAAGGCACGUGUGGGUGCUGGCCCUGGGGUCUGACCUUUGUGCCCCCUCCUUCAGAGGCAGGACGUCCUGACACAGGGCCCACCGCGGCCGCAGCGGCCACCAGCGUCCUGGCUGGUGAUUUGGUGGGACGGCUUCACCACUCUGAAGAGCAAAUUGUUCUUUGGCCUGGCACGUUAACCGAAGUGCUUGCUUUGGAGAAUUUUCCCUCCUAGCUGGUCAUUCAGGAAGACCCAGCAAGAUCGUCCUUGCUGAAAACAUCUUGUUGGAAUAAGAGAGAGCCCUAAAUGGCGUCGGUCAUGCUUUCUGAUGCUGUAGAGCUGAGCAGGGAGAAAAAGCAACAAUUGUCUCCAAGCAGAGACAAUGGAUCUUUCAUGGGAAAUAUUUAUUUUCGGGGCCGCCCAGCGUUCCCUGGGCUGGGACAGUCCAUGGAGCUCGAGUGUCCGGGAAUGGCAGGCCCCAGACAUGUAGUUGGGGACAGAGAUUUAGAGAAGAAAAAGAGAAAGCCUCUUGCCCCAUGGUUCCUGAACAGUUUUUGUGGGCACAUCUGGCUCUCUUUGUUGAGCGGAGGUUAAACUUGCAUGAGUUCAUUUUGUUUUCUUCUGCGAUUUAUUUUUAAGAGCCGCAGGGCUGCCCUUGCAAGUACUGGAGAGAUGGCCAGGUUUGGGGUCGUGGGCAGAUGGGGCCUCCCUCUGCCAGGCCCAGUCGGCCUUAGCCAGGGCCUUAGCUAGCUGGGUCACAACAUGGAAGUGAGGAAAAAUAGAGCCUGGAAGAGGAAAGCUCUGUCCCCACAGGGCUCAGGGAGGGGCCAUCGAGAGGGCGAUUGGGGCCAGUAGCUGUGGUUUUCCAGGGUCUGCUCUUCCCCAAAUUCCGUUCUCAGAUGAACUUGGGAGUGGCCCGUAGGUUGCGGGAGAGUCUGCCCCGACUUGGUGAAGCCCGACACGAGCAAACACCCUUCCGGGCUGGAGAGGGUGUUUUUGUAACUCUGACAAACGUGGCCCAGAGUUAGGGCUCUGUGAAUAUUUUCCGAAUUGAUAGAAUGAAGAGAAUUUCACCCCAGGCCUACGCACGACCUGUCCCCCCGGCCCGUUCUGCGAGGUGUCGGAGGAGCUGCCCGGGAAGCCAGGCCAGAGCCCAGGCUCCGGUUAGCAGCUUUGGGAGGGGUGGGCCGUGCCAGGGCCUGAAGCGAAGCAUCGGAAGGGGGAGGUUUGGGAAGGCUGAGGUGGCUCAUCGGCCAGGGACACCCAGCCCCUUAGGGGGACCUGUCUGGACACCCCAGCAAGGCCUUGAAGGAGGACAGAUGAGGGAGUGUCCCUGGUCCGGUGGGGGACCAGGGUCACCCAAGCUUUCUUGGCUCAUUCUAAUAUCUGGCUUCAGAAAUGAGGUUUCAUUUUUUGUCAGUCGGCUGUCACGUUUUAUUUUUUUCCAAUGUGAGAACUUCUCGGCAUGGCCCCUGUCGCCCUCGACAUUAGCCCACUCAGAAGGGAGCUCCCUUUCAGGGUGUCCAGGAGCCUCUGAGGCAAUAGGGAGAAUUGGUAAUAUAAAAAUCAUGAAAAAGAAUGAAAUCUUGUGACAAUGGGCAGAAAAACCCCCAAACCAGGUUCUUAGUCACUUUUUUGUGCGUGGUGGGAGGGAGUUUGAAAGUAAAACAAAAAUUGGGGAUGGGAAGCUUCUCGUUGGCAUCUGGACUGGGGAGUCUCUUCUUUUUGACCACCCAGGAACCCGUGUGGAGAGAGUGGCUGUGCCCACUGUCCAGCUAGCGCCAAGGAGGUUUCUGAGUAGAGAUGUGACCGCCGGGUCACCGGUUGGUGUUGUAAAAUAGGACCGGUGUUUGCCAUUAACCAAAUUUGUGCAUGAAAGCCACACAGUAAAAAGGCUAAACAAUUUUUUUUUUUAAAUUCAGUGAUAGAAUUUUCCCUCCAGAUUAAAAAAGAAUCGUCCCUUUUGCUUUUGGCUUUCUAAAACCGGGUUUGGGUUUUUUUUUUUUUCCUGCGGAACGCCCUUUCCUUAGUUCUGGCAUUUCAGAUGGCAGGAAGAGCAUUUCGCUGAAAUAUUUACCUGCUGAUUUGGGGCUCUUAAAUUUAGAAUCCCCUUUCACGUGUUUAAGAGAGAUAUUUACAUUCAAAUCAGCCUUUUAUAAUUACAUUUUAAAUUAUAAUAAAAUGAUGGUGCCGGCGCUCCAGUUUUCCGUGUAUUUUGACGCUAAGGGCAGCUGUGGCAAAUUGGGUGGGGGUUGCUUGUCCCCAGAGCCCCCCUGCCCCACCGCGUGGGUUCUGGCCUGCAGGGGCACGUGUGUACUGAGCAUGUGGGCCUACAUGGGUGUCACCUGUGGGGCCCUCCCCACACUGCCAGGAGAAGGGCAUGCCGGGGACUCUGGCCCCAUACAGUACAAUGGUGCCCUAGCCUUGCUGCCUGGAGCUCCAUCUGAGAAGGGCCUGAUUCCGGCUGGAGUCCAGGCCCACCGCCCUUGUGGCCUGACUCCCAUGAUGGCCGGUAGGCCUGCUCUAGAGGCCAUUAUCUCCUGGGCAGCCAGCUGGGCACAGCAGUGGCCACUUCUGGUUGAGGCAGUCCUGUGGGUUGGGGGGCGGGCACCUCCUCCUGCAGCCGUCACCCAGGCCCUGCCUCCUCUGCCAUGCCCCUGUGGGUCUUACAGUUGCCAUCCCAUCUUGAGUGGCUUCCUGAUGUUGCUGGCUGGCAGGGCAGGCCCCAUGCUGUGGAGCAUGGGGGACCCUUCCCUCCCAGGGCCAGGCUCUUGGCAGCCAGGCCAAGCCGCUGCUGGAAUGGAAUUCCCAGCGUUCCUGGUGGGGCGCAUGGCAUCGGAAUCCUACCUGCUUUGUCUCUGGCAUCAGCUGGCGAGCUGGUCACGUGGCCAUGUGCGUGAGUGAGACCAGAGCCCAGGACUGAGGGCUCCUCCUGGGCAGCUUCCUCCUUGCUCACUCACCCCCACCCCGUUUUUUUUGGCUUUCAGCAGGACCCGCUCUGAGCAGGCGUAAAGCAGUGUUAAUAUCAAACAGAAUCCGGGCGGCAGGCAGCUCCUGUCCACUGCAGGAGGCUCUCACGGUCCCCUGGGCUCUCACAGUGCACUCAGACCGCUCUUUAUCUCAAGUCCUUAUUGACAGAAAGGCCCUGAUGUGUCCCGUACGCCCAGGAGUCAGGCUCAGAGCCAGACGGUGGUCACUCCACGCCGUCCCCUCUAGUGUAGGGCUGGCCCUGCCUGCACCCGGACAGCCAUGGGGUGGGUAGCCCCGCUUCCUGGGGAGCCCCUUCCCACACUCCCAGCCUUGUUGCUCCCUGUGGUCACUGCUGCAGCUCCCGGUCACAGAGGGCGACAGGGGAGAGCUGGACAAACGUGUGGCCCAGCAGACCCAGCCUGAUGCCUGCAGGAGAGAGCAAUGGGGUCCAGUAUUUUAUCUCCAGAUCAAAGAGCCACAGUGAAACCCCAGGCCUGCCAACCCCAGUUGUAGGGCAAGAGGACUGGGAUGUUUCCCUGACGUGGUGGCAAGGUUUGGUUUUGGUGAAAUCAAAGAUUAGUGAGGGUGCGAGAGUGGGGGCUGAUGGGCCUGGACUCCGCCCCUGGCACCCUGUCCGCUGUGGCUGCCUGGCCACCCUCAGCCCCCUCAGUAUCAAGCGCCCACUGGGUGCUUGGAUGGGGCUUGGGGCUCUGUGCAUGUUGUUAAUUCUGCCACUCCAGCAGCCCUGAGCGGGAGGAGCCAUUAUCCCCUUUCAUUCUAUAGAUGGGGAAACUGAGGCAGGCUUGCCCAUGAUGAAGUGGCUAGUCGGACACAGGGCCACUGUAGCUGCAGCCUGGACUCCCAGCUAUAGCAGCGCCAGCCUCUAGGGGCGUUAGGAGACGGUUCACUGCAAGGGCCCCAGCCAGGGCAGCUUUCAGGGUGGGGUCUCUGGCCUCACCCUGGGGAAACGGCCAGGGCACUGGCUGCUGCCUGCUGAGCCCGGCGUGGGAACAAUGUGGCCUCUAUCCCUGGAGCGAGCCAGGCCGCCUGGACGCCCAGCCCCUCGGAGCAGCCCGGCCAGGCAGGCGCCCACAGCAUGGCGCCCAGUCAGUGCUGCCCGUCCACAGGGUGCUGGCGUCUUGGCCAGGCCUGGGCGGCCGCUCCCCAUAUCCUCCCUGGCCGGCGACUGAGUGGCCAUACGCUGGCUUCCUCCUCCCUCUCCCGCCUGGCCAGCCUCCUCCUUUUUUGGUGGUGGGUUUGGGGGCCCGGCCCACCCGCCACUGCCACGUCUGCCAUCCUCCCGCACCCACGAGCAUCUUUCAAAAAUUCCCGGUGGGCGGGGCCGAGCUGCAGCGGCCGCCUCUGCCCCCCCUCCCCGGGCAGCCAGUGCCAGAUGAGAGCAGGAGACAAAAGUAGCAUUUUCCUCGUACUCCGGGGCUGGCAGUGGGGCCUUCCCCUAGCGCCACAUGGCUCCUGGCAGCCCUGCCCCCUGUGCCAGCAGGGCCCACUGGACCGAAGGACAGCGGCGGCCGGAGACCAGGGGGCCCACAGGCCUGCGGCCAGGGCUGGCACCAGACAGCCUGCUGGCGGGCGGGACCUGCCCUCCUCCCCCGCCCGGGUGAUGGGCCAGGCCCGGGGAUGUCAUUUUCACUUCCUGGCUUUGGAGAAGGCGCCUCCAUCUUCCGGCACCUCGGAGCCCUCCAUCUUCCGAGAAGGAUGCCCUGCCAAAAACUGCAGGGAAAAUGCAGGAGCCAAGCCCAUUUGCUUUCGAGAUUCAAAGCUACAGGCUUUAGAAAUCACAAUAAAAAUGAAUGUUUAUCAUUUCACAGUCGCUGCGUCUUCCAUUAUGGUGGGAACAAAUGCCUGGGGAAGCAUUAACAGCCACGGCCUACUCCUGCCUGCCUGGCCGUGUCAGUUUGUGCGGAGGCCUCAUUAUUAUUAUUUUAUUUUAAUUUUUGACGGCACCAGGACUGGCAUAGGGAAAACCACCAGGACCAUCCACGGCUCCUCCCAGCAAACUCAUCGGCAGGCACGGCCAGGCCGGCCCCCGGGAGGGAGGACUUCGCAUCUAGAAACAGAGCCCCUUUUAUGUUGUCCGGCAUCUUUAAUGUUUCCAUGUCCACAGUUUAGGGAUCUAGUUCUUUCUCCCUUUCAUUUUAGUUUUGGGAAAAAAAAAAGAAAAAGAAAGCAAGCUCCUUUUGGCCUCAGCUCAGCAUAGGGAAAAAUAUUUUCGGUUGCUGCGGGCUUUGUUUUCGAGCACUUGUUUCAACGUGGGGGUUCCACCUGAGAGUGCUGUGCCGGUCUUGUUACCGCCCUGCCCGCAGACUGCAUGUGGAGUGUGCACGUGUGGGCACUGUCCGCUACACAGACCCUCAGGGGGGCCUGAGUGGCCUCGUGGCCUGCCCAUGUCCUGGAUCCCAUGCCAGGGGGUCCUCACCUGCAGAGCUGCUGGGGGAGACACCCAGCUUGUCCAGGGCCUGAAACGUGGCCGGCAGGGCUGAGAGUCCCUCAAAGACCUUUGUGUCCCCCGCCACCUCGCCACCGCUGUCCAGGAGCUGGGCUCAGUGGCUGCCUGGGUGUCCCUUGGUCCCUGGCCCUCCAGAAGCACUGACCCUUUUGAUUCAGAGGUGGGCUUUGCAGAGCACUGCUCCGUGGCCACCUCCAUGCUCUGGCAGGCUAACAAAAGCAUCCUUGGAUGCGGCCUGGUUCCCCACCCUUGAGGGGAGCCAGGGUCUUGAUUUAUGGAAAAUGGAAAAUCAGACCCGGAAAGUUCUAAAAUGGCACUGAGAGGAAAACUCCCAUGGAAAUCCAUCUUUGUUUUCCCAGUUCGGAGGUGCGUGGGCCCUGCGUGCGCCAGUCUCGGUCUGAGCGGCCGGCCUCAGCAGACAGCACCAAAUCUGAAAACGGAGCUCAGCUAACACGAGGGCUCUCAGCGGCUGCUUUUGUUCUUAGAUGAGCCAGCAGUCGAUACUGGAGGGGUUGGGGCUGCAGAAACAGGCAUAUAUAGCAGAGAUAAUUAAAACAUUUCUUGACAUGACAGCCACAUUCUGCUGCAAGCUGGAGGAUUCGUGCCACCCAAAUAUUUAGCAAGCAUCAAAUAAAACACUGGUGGCAAAAUAAAAGUAAUAGAAAAAAAAGCAUAAUACAAUUUAAAAGCAAAAGAGUCAAGGAGAUAGGGAAUGGGCAGGGGAAAAGUGGGAGUUCAGCAUUUUAGAAGAAUUUCCAUGUUUAAUAGCUGGCUACUCAUUUUUGUGUAUAAUUAAUGUUGGCAAAUAGACCCUUAAUCCUAAAUCCUGGAUUGAGAGAUGGUCAGAUUUCCUGAUCAUUAAUUUAUUGUUUUUGUUUUUUGGGUUUUUUUUUUUGGACAAGAUAGGGGCAAGUAGCAGAAAAAUCAGUUAAUUCACAUAAAGAAACAUUUUCAUUCUAAAUUAGUAUUGCCAGUGCAGUUACAUUUACCUAGUGUUUUUCACAUGCUUGAGAAACUCGCUGUCCCGUGUACACUUCGGGCACCUGGGACCGUUGCAUGUGAUCAACUAUCAUCUAAGCUUUUAACUUGGAUAACUUUCGACCCUCGCCCUCUAACCUCAAAAUCAGUAAAAUGCUAUGGAUUCUGCUUUUUAAAAAAAUCAGGCCAAAAUCUCAGCAUUCUCCAUGGCUCCCAGCGCUUCUCGGCAGGAUUUUUUUUUGAAGAAAGUACCACGCAAAGCACUAUUCACAUCAUCGCUUCUAUAUAAAUUCCACUAUAGACUGAAAUUAUACAUUCUCGCAGCACAGAUGGGCUGGUCUGUCAUUACGGCUGCCGGGUACUUGUUGGAACACACAGCAUAUUUCAAUUGUGGAGUCGACAAUUUCGAAGAACUGGGGUCAAAAUAAACAAGUUGCAUUUGUGUUUAGAAACAAGACUUAUUCAACGAUCUUCUCAGCCCUUGGAAAAUUCGGCAGAGAGCGAUCAUCACCUUCAUUAAACUUUAAUUGAAUUUUUGGUCUGCAUCUUUUAAGACCCCACAUGCCCUGUGUCAAAGGCCCAUCAGUGUUUUAAUUAAUGACCAAUUUUCCUCUUCUGCUGCAGCACAGGCCGUGGAACACAAGUUUUAAAUUCGGACUCGUGGCUGUGGUUUUGACUAUCUUUUGAUUUUCAUUUUAACAUCUUAACAAUUUUAGUAUCUUACUAAUAUCUAUAGGGAAGGUGUUAAAUCUCUAACUGUUCUAUGUUGAGUUACAUAUUGUUUUGAGGCCUUUAUGAAAAAUCAGAUAAUUUAUAUUUAGGAUGCUCUAAAGAUACAUUUACAUCCAAACUCCACCAGCAAAGAAAUGCAGCAGGUAAAAUACAGAGUAGCCAUAAACUUAAAAAAAAUUAUCUCACCAAGAUAGCAAAGGGCAGAAUUUAUCGGUUUGUAUCAACCUGGAGGGCAGAGCAGCCUUUACAGCCACAAUAAUCUGCAAAUGAUGAUAACUGUUUAUUUUGCAAAUAUGCUCAUGUUACGGUGCAAUCAGUGAAGGCUUCUUUCUUUUCCCUUAUGUGUGUUUGCCUCUGUGUUUCUAAAUUCCGGAUUCAGGCUCUGCAGUUCCUCGCCGGCUGAGACCAGUUCCCACGUUCCUGCCUCAGUGGCGGUGGCCGGGAGGAGGGAAGGGUGCGCCUCCGGUGUUGCCUCCCGCCAGCUCCAGCCACCGCGUCCGUUUGUUCAUAGAAGCACUUUGUUGCAGCCUGUUUACUUUCGGGGAUGGACCUGUUGGCGGAGAUGUUAGCAACUAAUAGGAAAAGUAAAAAGUUGAUGAGAUUCACCGGAGCUGCUCGGGAGCCUGCUCUGCGGUCCGGCAGCUUUUUUGUUUUGUUUUGUUUUGUUUUGAGAUGGAGUUUCACUCUUGUUACCCAGGCUGGAGUGCAAUGGCGCGAUCUCGGCUCACCGCAACCUCCACCUCCUGGGUUCAGGCAAUUCUCCUGCCUCAGCCUCCUGAGUAGCUGGGAUUACAGGCACGCGCCACCAUGCCCAGCUAAUUUUUUGUAUUUUUAGUAGAGACGGGGUUUCACCUUGUUGACCAGGAUGGUCUCGAUCUCUUGACCUCGUGAUCCACCCGCCUCGGCCUCCCAAAGUGCUGGGAUUACAGGCGUGAGCCACCGCGCCCGGCCACCUGGCCUUAUUAUUAUUAUUUUUUGACAUGGAGUCAUCUCACUGUGUCACCCAGGCUGGAGUGCAGUGGUGUGAUCUCGGCUCACCGCAACCUCCUCAUCCUGGGUUCAAGCGAUUCUCCCACCUCAGCCUCCCGAGUAGCUGGGACUACAGGCGCGCACCACCAUGCCCAGCUAAUUUUUGUAUUUUUAGUAGAAACGGGGUUUCUCCUUGUUGACCAGGAUGGUCUCGAUCUCUUAACCUUGUGAUCCACCCGCCUCGGCCUCCCAGAGUGCUGGGAUUACAGGCAUUGUCUGGCAGUUUUAAACCACAUCUUCUUUUCCAAGUCUGGUCUUUGAGCCUGUCGACUCCUGCCUCCAUAGCUGGGAUCUGGUCCAGGUCUGGGCACUCUAAAAGAUGAGGCCACGUGAAACGGCCCCAGCCUUUGGGCCACAGAGUCUCUAAGCAGCCGUGGGCAUGGCGAUGGCUGUAAUAGUAACAGCAGCACUCCCUGCUGCUAUUCCCAUUCCCGCUGCGUGCCCUGGCACCUGUGUUCAGAAGAGCAGUGGCCUUGGGACCCGAAGCCCGGGUUCAGAUCGGGUCGUCUUUGAUUUGGGGCUGUGUUGAUCCAGGGCAAGUGAUUUCACCUCUCCAGCCUCAUUUCCUUAUCUGUAAAAUGGAGGCAGUAAGAGUCAACUUUCUGAACCCAUGGAAAGCUGGGAUCAUGGUGAGCACCCCAUAAAUGCUACUGCUUCCUUGCCUUAUUUCUGAGACUCAGACGAUGCCUGCAGUGGGGCAUGAUCAUCACCUCCGUUCCACCAGGGGAGGCAGCAAACCUCGGAGAGGCUAAGUGGGUUCCCCAAGGUUCAAUCAGCUGAUCAGGGUUGGGCCAGGACUUGAACCCAGCCCUGCCACCCUCCAAAGCCCAGGUUCUGCCACAGCAUCCACCGGUGAGUGUUUCCGCACUGGCGUGCGUGCUGCCCCGGGUGUGGACAGCGUGCUUGCACACAGGCAUGUGCGUGUAACGUUUGCAUGCGUGUAGAGGCGCCCUCUCGUUUCUCCACUGGCUGACACUCCUGGCAGGUCAGCAGCGUCAGAAGACGUGAACUGGUGUUUGGAGGUGCGUUUGUCUAAGUGGGCCACGGAGCCCUCAGCCCACCCCUGAGGAUGACUGGGCCAUGGGCCUCCGAGGCCCCAGGGAUGCCUGUGAAGGGUGGUUUUCCCCAGCCCGGGGCUAGCCGAAGCCGAUGGGGGUGGACUGGCUAUCCAGGCAUGGGCUUCUCAUGGGCACUCGGCACUGCUGAGCGGCCCUGGCUAGGUGGCCUGCACACUGGGCCCUGGCCAGACGCACUGCUGCUUCCUUAUGUGGACAGGCGGUUCUGGGCGCCGGCCAUUUGCAGACUGGGAGGAGUGGAAGUGAGGCCUGCAGGCCCCAGAGAGGAAAUGGCGGCGUGGGCAGGCCCAGAACAGGACCGGGAAGGCGGGCCCAGGGAGGGAGCGGCCCCAAAGGCCUCUGUGGGCCGGUCAGCGUGCUAGCGGCCUUUCUCCAAGAAGCAGCCAGCUGGCCAGGCCUUCCCAGGCAGGCCUGUGUGUCUGCCCACAUGCACACACCUGUGCCUGCGUGCCGGGGCACGGGGAGUUUCGUGGCCCCAUUUCCUAAUAGGGAGCAUAGCAGGGACUGGGUCCGAUGAGACGGCGUAAGUGCCCAGCACGCCUUCAGAUGAAACAGACCUUGAUAAAAGUGGUUCUUACCACAAGGCCUCAGCUUUGUCUUUAAAAUGGGGCUUCCAGCCUCCGCCUCAAUAGACGGUUGCAGGCGCCACAUGAGAUCCUCAUCUGGGAGCCCUUGGUCUGUUGGCGUUUCCCGCACCGUGGCCUUAGGAAGACGGGACGGGAGGCCCGGGCUCUGCGGUGGGCCCUCUUAGCCCAUUUCAAACCCUCCCCACUGGCUUCCCAUGACCUUAACAGGAUGGCGUUAUCCAGCAGCCACCCAGAUGCCAGGUGUGCCGCAGUUUCGGGUGGUCUUGGAGAAGGGUCCCAGCACCGGCUUGUGUGAACCUCUGGGUUUCCAGGCUUCUAGGCGGGCUGGGUUCAGGGUGUGGGCUGGGCCAGCCGUUCCCAAAACCCCAGAAGGAAUCCGCAGGAGGCGGGGACUGGGAAGGCAGCCGGGUUGCGCCAGUGCCUGCCAGGGAACCUCUGGCCCCAUUUCCUGGGAGCCCGGGCCCCGCCCUGGGAUUCCUGGAGUGGGCGUGCCCACGCUUCCGGCCAGACGUGGGUGGAGGGAUCCCACCCCGGGCCUUCCACCCGGGAGGCUUCUUUCAACUCCAUGGAAGGAGGACUCCACCUGGGCCUGGUGCUUCAAGGUUCGGAUGAGCGGACACUGGCGCCUGUGACCUUGCAGCGGACGCUCUUUAAAGUCCGCGUGGCCUUGCUCGGAAGCCUGGGCGGCGUGGAGACGGUCCCCUCAGCUGGAGAUAGUAAGUUGCGCGAUGCCCGCACUUGUGGAGACUCCCAGCACCUGGUGGGUGGGCCGAAGGGGGCUCAGGCCUCCAGCACUGGGGUGAGCUGUCUCCUACGAUGGAUUCAAAUGACUCAAAUCCACGGGGGUUGGCCCAAGGCACCCACAUUGUGGAAGCAACUUGCAAAUGGGAUCUCCUGGGGCCAAGCAAUGUGGCAGGCCACGCCGGUCCACAGCGGCCACAGCCUUGGCCAGGUGCCGUGGAGGAAAAGAUGUGGCCUCCGCAGUGUAUCCAUCUGCCAGGGUGACGGGGCCAGCAGGGCAGGAGCAGAGGGGAUCCUGGGUGGCGGAAACCCCCUGCUUUUGUCCAGGGGAGAAAGUUGGGGCUGCGUUCGGUGCAUGCUGGAUGCCUUGACACCCUCAGGGCGGGGGUGUCAAGCUUUGCUGAGUACCUACUCAGUGCCAGACCCCGGACCAGGUGCUUUCCAUCCAUUUUUAUAAAUGUCCAUUUUUAAAUGUCAUCUGCCAAUUCCAUUUCAUUACGACAGCCAUCCGGAGCCAGCAUGUCACCGUGCUGUUCUUGGGCUAGAAUACGGAGGAAACAGGACAGACGGGCCCCUGUCUGCGUGGACGUUCCAGUCUAGUGGGGUGUGGGUGUUAAUGGUUGUCUACAUGAGGAGACUAAGGUUCAGGGAGGCCGAGGGAUCUCCGCAGAGUAACAGGGCCAGCAGCUACUCCCUAAGCCAGGUCCUCCCACACCUGCGCCUGCACAGAACCACACGGAUCCCUGUUUCUCUUCAGCCUCUCUUGGAUGCUGGCCUUGUCCGGUUCUCUCUGGACCCCCAGCACGAGGAAGGACCAUUCCUUCAGCUUGGAAUCCUUCUGCCCCAGGGAGAGCCAGAAUUGUACUGGGGGCAUGGGUCACUCUGGCUCUGAGGCCCUGAGACCUCUCUGGCUAAGUGGCCAUUGCGCCUGCAUUCAGGGCAUGCUGGUUUGGACUGUGCUGGGCUCCAGGGCAACCUGCCACUCUCCGGCUCUGUGCCCUCAAGUCCUGGUGUGCUGGCAGGCAUCGGACUGCACACAGUGUGGCCACAGGCGGCGGUAAGGAGGGAGCCGCAAUCGUCCUUGUUCUUGGUGUUUUGCGGCUGAGAGGCAGGCACCGUAUGAGAUUGUGCCCCCGAUACCAUGCGCCAGACCAGGAUGGGCUCACAGGAUAGCAGCCCCGCCAGGGCAGAUGGGGACCACAUCAGGGCAGGGGCACAAGAACCUUCUGGAGACCCCACCCCAUCCAUCGGCGUGGUUCACACUCCUGAAUGACCUAUCAUCUUCGUGUGCUGCAGCACGCGUGGCCCUGAGCCCACGGGUUUUCUUGUGUUUCGGAGUAGUGCUGAGCUCACUGCAUUUUGCAGAGGAUUAGCUCAGAGAGGCUAUGGAACCCAUCAUGUGCCAGGCCCUGGGACGGCCAUGGGAAGAGGUCCAACAGCACCAUUGAGUGAUGGGAUAGAGCGGACCUGGGGGAGCACUGGGGCCUUGGCCAGAGGGACUGGAGCCCAGACCCACAGUCUAAGCCCUGCGCUGCCUGCACCUGGCCCACAGGCAUGGCAUCCUCAUGGAGAGGCAGGCUUCGUGUUCUCAGCAAACGCAGGCACCAAACGGAGACCAGAUAGAGGCCAGUACCAGACGGGGCCAAGAAGUUAGCAUGGAACAUCCUAGGAAUCCAGGAGGCCUCCCAGAGGUGACAGCCCUACAGUCCCCGGCUCCUUCCCAAAGCUGACUUCCGAGGCUGCAGCUGCAGAGCUCCUGUGUCCAGCCCUCAGGCCUGCCACGUCCCAGGGCCCCACUGCCAGGCACCGCCCCAUGCCGGCCCUGUACAGGCCACAUCUGCUGCAGCAGCCAUGCCAGAGCUCCGCCUCCCGGGCUCCGUCCCCAUGGAAACCACGGUGGGGGGGCUCCUGCUGCAUUUGGCCCGCUGACUGGUUUCCAUUAGAGCCGGCCUGCUUUCCCUGAGCUCUGCCCCUGAAGUUCCAGGCUUCGCCUGGGGGUUUCUUCUCACAUUCGCAGAGCACCAGUCGUUUGGUGCCAGGGAACCCAGCAGUCUGGGCCCUGCCCGCCCUGGCCAACACCCACCAGCAGCACCUGAUGCCCAGUGCCAUGGCCACUCCCCUGUCUUUUCUUGUUGAAACCAGUGGCUGCUGGCUUCUGGUGUUGAGGACUCAGCCCUGUGUCCGAGUCAGGGCCUUGGGCUCCCAUCUGUCUGGGCCGUAGAAUCACUGACGGCCCUUGAAUAAGCCCCUUCCUCUCUCUGGGCCUCAGUUUACCCAUCUGUAAAAUGAGAGGGUGGAACUAUUUCAUGAGUUCCUUGCAAUGCUGAGAAAGAAAGAGAAAGAGAAAAUGAAGCCGCAGGAGCACUGGCACUGCCAGGUUCUCAGAACUGGCGUUCUUGUUUGUUUGCAAAGAGUUUUUUUUGAGGGAAGGAGUCAUAGAAUUUGACCAGAGAUGAUUGUUUGAGGGGUCAAGAGCCAGCCAGAGCCCACGGACAUGCAGCACAGAAGGCGCAGUCAGAAGCCUGGGCAGCAGUACCCGUCAACCAAGCACCCAGUGACCUGGCUGUGAACACAGUGAGCGGAGGCAGGAAGUGUGCCAGCACCGGAAUCCGAAGGGCUCGGGAACACUCCCUGAGAGGUUUCCGGAGGUCAGAAAUGUGGGCAGAAAAUGAGACCCAGCUUUUAAAAACCUGGCCGACUCAUCCCCAGGGAGCCCAGGGAGCCCAGGGAGGCCUGAGAAGGUGCUGCCACCACCUCGUGGCUGAGUUGCAAGCGCUCACCAGGCCAGACCUGGGGGUGCUGGGCUGUUAGGGUCAGCAGCAAGGUGGCCGCAGCCCAGACGAUGUCCUGGUGGUGCCUUUCUCAUCCAGCUCUUGGGAGUCGGGCGUCUCCAGCGGGGAGGUGGUGAUGGUGCUGGGGCCUUUUGCCUGGCCUGCCAAUGGCCGGCUUGACUCUCCCCAUGGGACCUCCCAGCUCCUGCUGCCUGGGGUGGUGUUGCGCGUUGGCCUCCCCUGGGCCUUGUGGGUGCCGGCACCAGCCUGGGAACAUGUUUCCCACUCACAGACGAGGGGCAGAGCCCAGGAGGUGGUGGCAGAGCUUCUUGGCAGCAGGGAGUGAACAGCCCACGGGAUGGGCAGGUUGCUUUGCCUCCCCCUGCCUCAGUAUCUUCAUCUGUAAAAUGGGGCUAGUAACCUUAACCUCCUAGUUAGGGUGAGAGUUUGACCGGAUGAGAGGCAGGAUUGGAGCUGGAUAAAUGGCAGGAGAUGGCACCAGAACUGUGUCCACCCAGUAUCCUUGUCAUGAGCAAGGCAGACCACACAUCCCAGAGAGCCCAGCUCCAUGAUGGGAGAGCAGGGGCAGGCUAACUGUGGUCAGGCCCACCUGGAGUGGCUGCUGGCUGGUCUCCAGGGUGACAGUCACCCUGCCCUGGUGUCCCAGGUAGCCCGAGAGGUGGCGUUUCCUCUUCAUCUCAACCAAGGGGCUGAGUCAGCUCCCCACUCAGCUUCUGCCUCUGCCUCCUGCCUGAAGCCACCGGGCUUUGCUGACUGGUCCCAGUGACAGGGGAUGCAGCUGCAGGGCCCUGGGGACAUCGUCACUGUAGCUCAAAGGGUGGGCUUGGUGGCGUUUUCAGUUUUCUGUCCUGGGCAAGAAUGAAACCUUGGUUUGAGUGACUACAUCCAGAUGGCCACCACAUUUGCGCCCCCCCCCACCCAAGCUUUGCGCCCCCCACCCCGCCUUUGUGCCCCCCCACCCUGCCUUUGCAACCCCCAUCCCACCCUCCCAAUAAAAGUAGGCCGAGGGCGUCACCACAGAGCCCUGGCCGGGGCUUGAUUUAGACAUUCAGGGAGCCCGGGAUAAUGUAGGAAAUGAAGGAAAUUUCCCCAGGGAAAGGGGAAGAGAAGACAGAGGAGCUUAAGUGCCCACAUGAUUAUUAAGCGUGGCGGGUGAGUUACAGCCAGGCAGGCCGCUCCUGGCAGCUCCCUGUCCCCUCCCUCCCAGUGCCCCGAGCCCUGGAGAUUUGGCCACGGGGAAGACAGAGGCCACCGGUAGGCCCAGCACCCAUGCUCUGCCCUGUCUCCAGGAUCUGGGUCCUCAACAGUCCCUGGGCAGGUGGCAUGGCUCCUCUGUGUGCUGGGCACGGACAUCUGUCAUCGGAGCCAUCUCACAGAACCUUGAUGGAUCACCGGCCCCAUCUUAUGGGCCAGGAAGCCCAGGUCUAGGAGGCCAAGCCUCGUGCGACCCUCUAAACAGCAGAGCCUGAGCCAGCCUGGCCACCGGCCCAUAUCCUAGGCCUUUCUCUCUGCCAUGGCCACAUUCAGUGGCCUCAGAUGGGAAGGGCUGGGGAGGCCCUUGUCCCUCCUUAGAAGAAGGGACGAGGGCAGAGUGGUAGUGGCGAUGGUCAAGAAACAGGCCUCUGCCCAUCCUGCCCUAUCUCCUGCCAUUCAGGGCUCCUGUCCUUCUCCUGGCCAAGGUCCAGUGUCCCCUUCAAGAGACUCUUGAGACCCUCAACAGCCAACCCCGACCUUCUCCAUACCACCAUCCUCGACCUCUCCAGAUGUGGCCUUGUGUCACCUCCUCCUGGAAGCCCUCCCUGCUCUCUGCUCACCCAUUGCCCUGCUGUGGGCCCUGAAGCCUGGUACUAGCCUGACUGGGGACAGGCUUUGGGGAACAUUUUAUGAGUAAAUGAAUCAGAAGAAAGCCAUGACCUGCCUGCCUGUGCUCAGUGGCAGGUCAGAAGCUACUAAGCGGUGGCAUUGCCCCGGCAAGUUUAUUUUUCCACCUCCACUCAAUCAGCUCCCCCUUCAGGACUGAUCCGAGAGGUUGUGAAGCCACACUUCAUCAAAAACAGCAUCUUUGCACUCAGCAGGCAGGCUGGUGGGGGACCGUCCCGCCGGCUGUGGGGUAAGGGCAGCUGUGUGCGCCAGGCUACAGGGAAACUGAGGCCACUGCUUGGGGGUUUCACUGGGGAAUAUUCACAAACAGAGGUGGCCCAGAAGGGUUACAGGGCCUGUUCGUCUCCGACUGCUAGGUGUGGAGGGCGGGGACCCAUUGACCCGUCAGGUGUCACGUGGGCAGUGGUGCAUUCACGUGGGCAGUGGCACAGUCCCUCUUCUGCAUCGCAGCUCACGAACAUCCUCUUCCUCCAGGAAGCACCCCCACACACUGCUGGGCCCUCUCACCUGCCCCCUCCUGGCAGCUGGGUCCUUGGCUCACCUGGUCCCUCCAUAAGGAACCGUCGCAGCCACCACAGCCUUGUCUUCCCAUGUUGCACCUUCUCAGGUGCGAUGAACAAGCGUGUAGAUACCACACACCCGCCUGGGGCCUGGCAUCUUUGUCCAGAGGGUCAGAGGCAGUUCAGGGAAGGCUUUUAAAGUGUGUCUUGGGGAGCUCACGGCUGAUCAACGAGUGGGCCUGGGUCCCACAUGGCCAUGUGAUCUUGGGCCAGCCACUCCCCCGCUCUGAGCCUCAGCUUCCCGCAAUCUCACUGACCCCGACCUCUCACAUGUGGAGGGUCUCUAGAAGGUUCUGAGGGUCCAGGUGUGGAAUGGCUGCCUUGGGCAUGAAAACAUUCUUGGGCUUCAACCCGGGAUCUCACAUCUGGGGGCCUCCCUUGAAGGACAGAGGAGAGAUUUAUUACAGAGAUGUUUGUGCAGUGCCUCUUUAGUUUUAAUUUUUUUUUUUGUUCUUAACUUAAAAAAAUUUUUUUGAGACAGCGUCUCACUUUGUCACCCAGGCUGGAAUACAGUGGCACGAUCCUGGCUCACUGCAACCUCCAUCUCCCGAGUUUAAGCGAUUCUCCUGCCUCAGCCUCCUGAGUAGCUGGGAUUACAGCAACCGCCACCAUGACCAGCUAAUUUUUUUGUAUUUUUAGUAGAGACGGGGUUUCUCCAUGUUGGCCAGCUAGUCUUGAACUCCUAACCUCAGGUGAUCCACCCACCUCAGCCUCCCAAAGUACUGGGAUUACAGGCGUGAGCCACUGUGCUCACGCGCCGGCCGCAGUGCAUCUUUAAAUGUGGAAAGCUUGAGACAAUAGCUGUGCUCAUUGAGGAGUUGUGAUAACAUGACUUGCCUGACUCUGCUGUGGCCGUUCACAAUGGGAGAGGCUCUGCAGGCGGGUGGAGGCAGCUCACGUCCACACGCACAUGGGAACCCCCACAGGCCAGGGUGCUACGGGCCGGACCUGGCGCGGGGUUAUUGGUGUUUGCUGCCACGUUUUCUCUCUAAGUUUUCCAUAAGUUUGUUGAAUGAGCACCCAUUCCUUCUGGAACGGGCAAAAAAUGUUUGUUACAAAACUUAUCAUCUGACCAGAGCGACACUAGCCUGGCCAAAUUAUCACAGCAUGUUCUCCCCUAAAAGAGAGACAUUUGCAAAAUGCUCAGCAGGUCAUGGGGUGGCAGCACCCGUCUGCCGGGCACAUUUUAUCUCCACCAUUUAAAAGGAGCAGAGCUGAUUGAAGGGGAAGGAAGGGAUGUUCUAGAGAUUGGGGUGCACAGGGGCGCUGCGAGGCCAGCUCCCCACGUUUGGCGUGGCUGAUGAGAGCAACUUUGCUGCCACUUUGGGGCAGACUCCAUCCCGUGUAGCCUCGGGUACUGGUUAGAAUGCAGCAGUUAGAAUUUCAGACCCCGGGGGGUCUGAAAACAGCAUCUGUAAAGAAGGCAGGACUCAGUUCUCUCAUCUAGAACUUCGGGCCCGUCAUUUUGCCACUGCAGAUACUGGCAGUGUCUCGGACACACCCUAACGGAACAGAGGCCCCAGGUGGGUGUGUGAACCGCCACGUGUCGCCGUGCCUUGCUUUUCCAGACCCAACUUGGUAAUUAGCAGUCGUUGGUGCUGCCUCGUGUCAGCACCUACUGUGUGCCCAGCAAGCCGCUGGGAAUUUCAUGUCUGUUCAUUUUCUCUUUACUGUGGCGCCAGAUCACAGAGUAGGUGUAAAUAGCUGCCUCUAAGAUACAAAGCUGGAAGCCGGGCUGGUGGCUCACGCCUGUAAUCCCAGCACUUUGGGAGGCCGAGGCGGGCGGAUCACCUGAGGUCAGGAGUUCAAGACCAGGCUGACCAACAUGGAGAAACCCCGUCUCUACUAAAAAGACAUGCAUUGGCACAUUCCUGUAAUCUACAGGGUGCAUUGGCACAUGCCUGUAAUCCCAGGUGCUUGGGAGGCUGAGGCAGGAGAAUCGCUUGAACUCAGGAGGUGGAGGUUGCAAUGAGCCAGGGUCUAGCCAUUGCACUCCAGCCUGGGCAACAAGAAUGAAACUCCAUCUCAAAAAUAAAAAAAGACAAAAAGCUGGGGCUCAGAGAGGAGAGGCCCACUUCUUGAAGGCUGAAGAGCCUAGAAGGUUCUAUGCAACAUGUGUGUGGCUCGAGAGCCUGUGCUUCUUCCAGGGGUGGCAGCUCUGCCAGUAGAUGCCACGUUCUUGGAGAUUUGAACUCCCCCUGUGCCCUGAACACACCAGCCGCCUUGGUAGCCAUCAGACCCCCAGGGUCCCUACUGGAGCCGUUUAGACCCAAGAGAAGUGGCUGAGAAGGGGAUGCAGCUCUGGUUUAUGCAAGGAAGCUGGGGCACCUGACCGCCUGCAACUUUGCCACGUGUUUUUGACCUCUGCCAACUGCUUGGGUUUUUUUGUAAUUGUUGGGUUUUUUUGUUUGUUUGUUUUGAGACUAAUUCUAGCUCUGUCAUCCAGGCUGGAGUGCAGUGGCAUGAUCUCAGCUCACUGACAUGGCCACCUCCAGGGUUCAAGCAAUUCUGCCUCAGCCUCCUGAGUAGCUGAGAUUACAGGCACACACCACCGUGGUCAGCUAAUUUUUAUAUUUUUAGUAGAGAUGAGGUUUCACCGUGUUGGUCAGGCUGGUCUUGAACUCCUGACCUCAGGUGAUCCGCUGCCUCAGCCUCUCAAAGUGGUAGGAUUACAGGCGUGAGCCACCGUGCCCGGCCUGCUUGGGGUUCUUUUGAGGCCUUGGGUAUCUGACAGCAUUACCCAGGCCAGACUUCAGUCCUUACCACAGCAUCUUCACAUGUAGAUUAAGGGGCACUUGGUGUGCCUGACCGUGCAGGGAGGAUGUUUCUCCUACGUGUGACCUUGGAGAGGGAGGGACCAAGUUCAAUGCCGAAGAUAAGAUGAGACUGAGUCCCUGGCUAGUCCUGGCCCCCGGGCCUAGGCCCUGCAGCUUGGCCAACGUUGGGGUCCCUGCAGGGCACUCAGAGCCUCCUGGGCUGCCUCCAGCACAGUCUCAGGUCCUGCUGGCCACAUUUAUUGCCACAUCUCCCAGCUGGCCUCUGGAGCCUCCUCCCAGGCCCCUCCUGCCACAGGCCCAGGCUGGUGGUCAGUUGUAUGAAGACAGACAGGGGAGGAAUUUCUCUAGACAGGGCAGCCUGGAGUGACUUCUCCCAUUUACUCAAAGCUCCCUGGGGUAUUAAGAGUGGAGGCUGCUGUCCACUCAGUCCCACCAUGCCCAGGCAAGGAGCGUCGUCUUGCCUGGUGUAAAUCCGAGAAGGUGGGUGUCAUUGUCCCCAUCUUACAGAGAGAGUGAGAUCCAGAGAGGGAAAGGAGCUUGUGCAGCAUGACCAGGACAGAGCUGAGAUGGGAACGGACCCUGCAGUUGGACCUAGGGGUGCUCGUGGACCCGGGCAGGGAGGGGGCUGGGAUGCGGCUGGGGACUGGCCUCGGGGACAUUUUUCCCAGCCCAGUGUUGAUUCUAAUGGUUUAGCACCAGCCUGGAUGGCCUAGGCUGGCCCUGUUCCACACACCUAGGGUGUGGGGCUCAGGGCAGGGACAGCCUUGGGAGGCUCAGGCAGCCCGAGGGAGCAGUGCAUUUUCCGGAGAUUUUUAAAGUCUCCGUAGGCAGGUAAUGAAGCCUUCGUUCAUCUCAAGAACCCAGUGACGAAAACCGGGCAGAGAGGAGGGAGACCGCUGGUGAGUGGCGGUGGGCAGGCAGGGGUUCGGGCACUGCCGCGGCAGCUCACUGUCUCUCUCCACUCACCACCCGGGAGAACGGGCUUGUCUCGGCUCCCCUCCCCUCCCCUAGCUCUCAUAAUCUGAAGUCUGACUUCUGAUGUUAACGUGGGUUUCAGGCUGGGCUCAUGCCUGUAAUCCCAGCACUUUGGGAGGCUGAGGCAGGUGGAUCACGAGGUCAAGAGAUCGAGACCAUCCUGGUCAACAAGGUGAAACCCCGUCUCUACUAAAAAUAUAAAAAUUAGCUGGGCAUGGUGGCGCAUGCCUGUAAUCCCAGCUACUCGGGAGGCUGAGGCAGGAGAAUUGCUUGAACCCUGGAGGUAGAGGUUGCAGUGAGCCGAGAUCACGCCAUUGUACUCCAGCCUGGGUAACAAGAGCAAAACUCCGUCUCAAAAAAAAAGAAAAAACGUGGGUUUGAGAUACAUUAAAUUGGGCUAGCUGCAAAAAGGCUGGGCCUGCCUGGUGGCAGCUCUGUGAACCUGAGCAGGGGCAUGUCCCGCCGGGCCUGUGCUGUUUCGGGAGCCCCAGUCUGUGGUACUUUCCUGGGCGCCCUAGAACUGCUGUCCCAUCUGCUCCAGGUCAGAGCACUGGGGUGGUCCCAGCCCAGGGCAGUAGAAAAGGGUGGGCACAGGGGAUUUCCUAACCAGGCUGCAGAGGGGCAUCUCUGUGGGUGGCAGGCAGGGCGAUCCACGGUUAUUAGAUUGGAUAUCACGGUACACUGGUCCCCAGGGUGGGGGCUUUUAUUUUGGCCCAGGCUGCUGGUGGGAGAGGUGGAGAGGGAGUCCCGGCCAUCCUGGUGAUGGGCUCUGUGACCUCAGGGCCCUCUCCUAAGGGUUAGGACAGGAUGUGCCAUAGCAGGCCCUGCAGGCUGUGUGAGAGGUGGGAGCACCUGGGCCUGUGCUGACCUCACCUCGCUAUCUGUCACCUGUGGCUUCUGUGGGACCCCUCCCAGCCCUCCGUACCCCUCCCAGCCCUCCGUGGGCAUGGACAUUGUCACCAUGGACUGCCCACCUGGGGACAUCAGGCUCCUGUUCCCAUUUUCAGAGAUGGGCUGAUUGUGGCACAGCCUUUGUGGGAUGGGAAGAGGGUUGGGAUAGGGGGCUGGCUGCAGGCUCCCCCUGUGUGUGACUGAGCACAUCGUGGGACACUACCAGCAGGUCCCGCUCCUCGGAGGCCUGAUGAAACCAACUCGAGGCCAGCAGUGCUGCUGAGAAGGAGCAGCUCUAGCCAGUUAGCAGCUACCUGGGACUCCUGUCCCCACCCUCCUCCCUGAACCAGCAUCAGUCACACUCUCAGCUGUCGAAGAGGAGAGUGGCCCCCAUCCUCAGGUGAUAGGGUUUGGGGAUGGCCACAUUAGGCCGACCCAGCCAGCCAAGCAUUCUUGCAACCCAGGUUCCACAGGAGCCGGGAAGCCUCGGCCUGGAGAGGGUUCUGGGGGCAUGAGAGAGAAAGCGGUCUCCGGGGGCAUUGGUGUCCAAGGUGUGCAGCUGUGCAGGGCUGUGCAGUGCCCUCCUGCUUCAGGACCUGAACCCCUCCUUCCUCCCACCCCCACUCAGGGCUCAGCACCCCACCUGAGUCUGGCCUGAGGCCCCGCAGAACCCCAGCCAUGGCUCCGGUUUGCCCUCAAGUCCUCACCAAUAGCGAGCGGUACCCAGCUGCAGGCCUGAGUGGAGGCAGGGUGGGGAGGGAAGGAGCGGGCCUCAGGGUCACCCCGGGUGAAUGCCAGCUCCUGGGCCUUGAUGUCCUCCCUCAGUCAGUCUUGGGGGGUCUCCCACUUGAGUCACCUCUUGGGAAAGAACCAAAGUCCCAUUUGUACCUUGUAAGUCCCAGAUGUUGGGUGUCAUUCCAGGAGUGAGAGGAUGAGUGGGGAGGGGGAUGAGUG